AUGGCUGUUGAACCAGAUGACGUCAAAUUUGUGAGCGCACUAGAUGACGCAGCGAAGAAGAAGGCGAAGGAGGAAUUGAACGAAUUAAAUGACAAGGAUCGUGCGCUCGCUGUGCAGACCUUACGACAGUGGGCCCUGCAACAGAAGUGGCUGAAAACACCAACCGAUUUCGGGUUUCUUCUUCGGUUUAUGCGCGCCCGGAAGUUCAGUCAACUUGGUGCUCGACAGACUUUAGAGAACUACUGGAAACAGAAAACCAAGUCGCCAGCCUGGUUCCGUAAUGUGGAUCCCCAUGACAAAACAAUAGUGGAAAUCUUAAAAACUGGGUUCUACAUUAUCCCCAAGGCGCGUGACAAGCAGGGUCGACGCAUCGUCAUCGAGCAGUUAGCAAAGCUCGACAUGACAAAGGUGAAGAAGACUUGGGGUCUGGAUAAUGUGUUCAAAGCCAUCUGCCUCUGUUGCGAAUAUUUGACAAAAGAUGAGACGGUUCAGGUACACGGUCUGUGCGUGUUACUUGACGACACGGAUGUCUCCAUGAGUCACAUUAUGUCCAUGAUGGGACAGGAGAACGGCAAGAAAAUCAUGGAAUAUUAUCAGGAACCAAAUGACCUUACACGGCCGUAG